GGGGGUAGGAGCCAGUGUGUUAGAGACCUGAGCGAGGGAGAGCGAGGCGAGGCGCAGCGGGAGGGCGGGUGUGGAAGCGAAAGCAAGCCCCCCGCCCCCAGCACUGAGAGGCAGUGACAGAGAACGCCCCUGUCAGAGAAGCUCGGGGACACCCCCAGAGGGGACAUAGGGGCAAAGAGACGGCUCCUGGGGCAGAAACCCUGGGAGGCAAAUACUCGCGGGAGAUAGUUCACCGCCGCAGACCGAGAGCGCCGGCCAGACUGUCAGAGGACAACGCCCCCCAGGUCGCCUGGAAGACCCCGCAGCGACCCCGGGGCUGGCACAGACCGUGUGCGGGCAGGGCAACCUCUCGUUGGUUGGGGGCGAUGGAGACACGGGCCCCGCAGGGCCUCCUCCUCCUCCUGCUCCUCUUCCCGUCGCUGCCGCCACGCGAGGCCUCCGCGGGGAGCCUCCACAGCCCAGGCCCCUCUGAGUGCUUCCAGGUGAAUGGCGCCGACUACCGCGGCCACCAGAACCGCACGGGGCCGCGCGGGGCCGGCCGGCCGUGCCUCUUCUGGGACCAGACGCAGCAGCACAGCUACAGCAGCGCCAGCGACCCCCAGGGCCGCUGGGGGCUGGGCCCGCACAACUUCUGCCGGAACCCCGACGGUGACGUGCAGCCCUGGUGCUACGUAGCUGAGACAGAGGAGGGCAUCUACUGGCGCUACUGCGACAUCCCCACGUGUCACAUGCCUGGGUACCUGGGCUGCUUCGUGGAUUCGGGGGCACCCCCGGCGCUCAGCGGCCCCAGCGGGACCUCAACGAAGCUCACGGUCCAGGUGUGCCUUCGCUUCUGCCGCAUGAAGGGCUACCAGCUGGCGGGCGUGGAAGCUGGCUAUGCCUGCUUCUGUGGCUCUGAAAGCGACCUGGACCGGGGACGCCCGGCCCCAGCUACGGACUGCGACCAGAUUUGCUUCGGCCACCCGGGCCAGCUGUGUGGCGGCGAUGGGCGUCUGGGCAUCUACGAAGUGUCCGUGGGCUCCUGCCAGGGGAACUGGACCGCCCCUCAGGGCGUCAUCUACUCUCCGGACUUCCCGGACGAAUACGGGCCGGACCGGAACUGCAGCUGGGCGCUGAGCCCGCCGGGCGCCGCGCUGGAGCUCACCUUCCGCCUCUUCGAGCUGGCCGACCCGCGCGACCGGCUGGAGCUGCGCGACGCCGCCUCGGGCGGCCUGCUCCGCGCUUUCGACGGCGCCCGCCCGCCGCGCGCCGCAGGGACGGCUCGCGGAGGCGGCAGCGGCCAGUCCCUUCGCAGCCGGGAGGACGGGCGCGGCCGGACGCUGGUUGGGACGCCAGGCUCCGCCCCAGCAGCUCGCCCCCGCCAUCCCGCCAGCGUUUCGCGCGCGGUACUCAUGACGUCGACGCUGCGGGGGCCAAUGGGCGAGGCUGGCUGGGAGACCUCGCCCACGUCCGCCCAGAUUUUCGCCUAA